AUGGGACGAGAGGAAAUAUGCAGCCUUUUCGUUGCUCUCGCGCUCCGACCGCACAGCAGGUGCAUAUACAGGACGCAUCGGACAUGGCGUCCUCACAUAAGGCACGCCUCGUCCUCGAACGCUCCGCCAGCGGCUCCUAAGCAACAAGAACUCCCGAAGCAGCCCACUAUCCCUCUACAUGUUGGCUUGGACCGCAACCCUGACGCCGUGUCGGCCAUCUCUCGAAUCCCUAUACCUCGAGGCGAGCGAGGCGAGAAGUUCACGCCGUCCGUUCUCUCUCGGCCUCUAGGUCUUGAACAUCCUCCUCUGCCGGGACAGAACAGCCCUAUCGACACUCGCUCACUGCGCGAGCGUAAGGAGGAUUUUGCAAACUACCAGAAAGCCCUUGAGCGUCGCCGGAUCUACCUGCGUUCCUAUUUCCGACCCUACUUCCAAGAAUGGAAUCGCACGGAACACUACAAGGGCAAGAGCUUCGUGUCCAACGAGCGCCUGUUCCGGCGGGACAAGGCCCUCUACUUCCCCAACAUCUGGGGACAGACACUUGCAACAGAAGGAGACGGUCCCAAUGGCGGAAGAGACCUCACACCUACCAUCACUGGUAAAAUCUCCCUCAUAGGCAUGCAGUCCGGCCAGUGGGCCGAGGAACAGGUCGACACAUUUUUCGGCCCCAAAGACAACCCUGACUUGUCUGGGAUCAUCGCAACGAGCAACGGCCUUGUCCAACGAGUCGAUGUCAACAUCCAAGGAGACUGGGUUCGCGCAUGGCUCGUCAAGAUGUUCCGGGGACGACUACGGAGGAUGAUCCCCGAGGACCGCUGGGACAAAUAUUUCAUGAUUAAACUCCCAAGAGACAUUCGGCGAGGCCUAACGGACGAUGUGCGAGACGCAAUGGGGCUUCUGAAUUCCCAAGUCGGUUAUGUCUAUCUUGUUGACUCUAGCUGUAAGAUUAGAUGGGCCGGAAGCGGCCAUGCAUGGGAAGGCGAAGUCGCGGGCCUGAAUGCCGCGCUUCAGAGAUUGAUACAAGAAGAACGAAAGUUCAGGUCGUCAUAA